AAGACAAGACAUGAUUUCUUAAUUCCUGGGCACAUAUCGCUUCUCUUCAAUGCAAGGAGUCCCUCAUGUAUAACCACAUAUUCGUGGGGGAAAACUUACGAUUAUUUUCGCAUUAGUUAAGCCUAGCCUAUAGUCUUUUUACAUUUAUCUCAACUCCAGGUUAAAAGCGAAGCUAGAAACGGAAACGGAGAGCUUUUCACCAGUUUACACCUUGGUCUUCAUUUAUUUUGACGAGCGAUGCGGAUUCAGAUUAUCUUCUCACUUUUAUGCACAGUAUUUUUCUCACUGCAUGGAGCCAAAGAAACAAUGAUUCGAUAUCAGUAUAGUGGAAUCGUCGGGGGGUCCCCGACUAGAGACACCCUUACAAUUGACAGUGUCCCGAUCGCGUGGAGUGACGGACGAAACAACGGAUUUCUCUCUAUCAACACUGAAUGCGAGGGUCUUUUUCGCAUGACACUGAGGAUGAUCACCAGAAGUUUUAACCAUACAACAACGAACAAUCACACGUAUCAGCGCACGCACGAAUGCCUGCUGGAGGGGCACAGGGUGCUGCGCGUGUCAGACCGUAUUCACUACGAUGGGGCGGAGUACCUGUGUCUGGACAGCGCCAAGAACACCUGGAUGGCGGCCGUCCCACAAGCCCUCGCGCUAAAGCAGAAAUGGGACCGGCAGAGCGGAUGCACGGAGAGGCACAAGGUUCUCCUCCAGAACGGAUGCACCGAGCUGAUCGAAGAAUUCUCACGCGACAAACAUUCUGCCCCAGUCUUCCUCUGUCAGUUCAUGGUCAGCUUCCUGAUUUCAAUGCACGGCUCAAGGGUUGUAGGAGGUGUUUUGGGCUCAAUCAUCCAUUACCCUCAGAGGAACGUGGGCAUCAAACCCUCAAAGGGAGACCCAGAAGAACACAACUUGGUAUUUACCCCCUCCAAAGGGGUACACUCUUCCCUGCUGGUCAUCCCAACUUAGGGAGGGACACUGCAGGGCAGUGUGGUGCAACCUGUGGGCCAAAUCGCGCUAUAUGCAAAAAAUUAAUCGAGGCAUUUGUUGAUCAGUGCUUUGCUCAAAAUUAGAUUUUGCUCCCCAUUCAAGGCAGCAGUGGAGCAUGAUGGUAGCAUAAUGGAGGAUUGGACUUCUAACCCCAUAGUUGGAGAUUAAAUCCCCAGAUGGAGCACUGCUGUUGUACCAUUGAGCAAGGUACUUAACCUGACUUGCUUCAAUUUAUAUCCAGCUGUAUAAAUGGAUUGAAUAUAAGAAAUUAUGUAGCGUGUGUUAGCCACUCUGGAUGAGAGCAUUUUCUGAAUUCCUGAAAUGUACAGUGACAAGAAAUGCUUCAAUGAAAAAACCAAAAGAAUUUUCCUCACUUUGUCACACCAAUUUUAUUUGAGUUUUUUUUAGGUUUUCUCAAAUGAAAUGUUCAGAUUCAUUCAAAUGAACCUGAAGAUUUUCAUUUGAGAAAACCUAAAAAAUAUAAGGGUAACAAAUAAAAUAAAGAUUUUAGGCCCAUACAAUGGAACAUGAUUUUCAGUGUGAUGUGUAAAUAUGUAUAAAGAGAAUGUUGCCAAAAGAUAAAAAUGUAGCUUGACAUGCAAUGUUAUUUAGAUUUUUUAUCUGUCUAGGGUUUGUACUGAUUUUUUUUUGCAGACUGUGAACUACAUUUUAUUCAGGUUGGGAAAUUAGGCCUAUAUUGUUCAUAUGGUUGGCUAACUUUUGCAGUUCUUGCUUAUGGUUUGCUUAUCUAUUGCAGUUCUUGCCUCUAUUUGUCGUUUUGCUGACAUGAGACAGAAAUAAACAGUAAUAAGCCCAUUGA